AAUUAACCACCUUUCUUUAUACAACCCUAUAUACAUUUAGAUAUAUAAAUAUAGAAAUGUAUUAUCCUUGAAAUUUGUUCUCAUCAUCAAGCAUAUGCAUGGGUCGUCCAAAGAUGAAAUCUUCGUUGUUCUUCGUCUUGUUAUGUUUGUUUCAAAUAAACAAUUUAGGUUUCUGCUUAGAAGAAGAAGAAGCUCAAAAGUCUAAAAACGGAGUUAUUGGAAGCAAUGGAUUCACAAGUGUCACUAGUUUCGGAGCUAUUGGUGAUGGAAAGACCGAUGAUACUAAGGCUUUUCUUAAGGCAUGGGAAGCUGUAUGCAAAGGAGGACGCAAUACAAAGAUUCUAGUGCCUCAAGGGAAAACCUUCAUGCUUAAGCCUCUUACAUUCAUCGGUCCAUGCAAGUCUUCUUCCAUCUCCUUUUCGAUAAGAGGUAAUCUUGUGGCACCGGGUUACACUUGGUAUGCGGGAAGAUAUCCAACAUGGAUUAGUUUUGACAGUAUCAACGGUCUUGUUGUCACCGGAGGUGGCACCAUCGACGCUCGUGGUUCUUUGUGGUGGGGCAACGUUAAUACUCGUCCCUCUGCAAUGCACUUCAACAACUGUAACGGUCUUAGGAUAUCUAAUCUCCGACAUUUGAACAGCCCUCGGAACCAUGUAGGUCUAAGUUGUUCACAGAACAUCGAGGUCACGGGUAUAAGGAUGACAGCCCCCGGUGAUAGUCCCAACACGGAUGGUAUUGACAUAUCGAACUGUAAAGGAGUCCACAUACAUGACUCUGUGAUUGCCACUGGAGAUGACUGCAUCGCCAUUAAUAGUGGUUCCUCUCAUAUCAACAUAACCGGCAUUUUCUGUGGCCCCGGUCACGGCAUCAGCGUAGGAAGUCUUGGAGUAACUGGAGAUUUUGCAACUGUUGAAGAAGUGAGGGUAAAGAACUGCACUUUUACAAACACACAGAAUGGUGUCCGAAUCAAGACAUACCAGAAUGGAUCAGGAUAUGCUCGGAAAAUCUCAUUCGAGGAUAUCAUCAUGGUUGCCUCAGAGAACCCUAUUAUCAUAGACCAGACUUACCACAAUGGAGGCACGAACGGAGGAAGAAGCAAGUCAUCUAAUAGCUAUCAAAACUGUCAUUUAGCAGCAAAACAACGGACUCAGUCCGGUAAUGGCAAAGGCGUGAAAGUGAGUGAUGUGCGUUACUCUAGUAUCCGUGGGUCAUCUGCAAGCGAUCAAGCCAUUACAUUGAACUGCGAUGCAGACUUGGGAUGCUCAGAUAUAGUGAUGAACAAUGUGAAUAUGGUUUCAGCGACAUUUGGUCACAAGGUGUUUGCUACCUGCAAAAAUGCUCAUGGGUCUUUUUUUUCUUCAAAAGUGAAUUGUCUGAAAAAGUAUUAAGUAUGCCUUUUUUGUGAAAUCCUUUCCUUGAAGAACCAAGAAAGAAAAUGGAUUCUUCUCAAUUUUUUCUUAGAAGAGAACCGUUUUUCCCUGAGUUUUUUUAUGUAGAAAACGUUUAAUUUGUUCUGAUUUUUGAUUGAAUAAAUGUUUCAGUUGGUUACUACUGCAAUAAAUCCUGCAGAGAAAAGUGGGUUUUGGUGUCAUAUCGAUAAUAAAGACUGAAUCUUUGU